AAACACAACACUCUCUUUGCCAAGUAUGCGAAUUCAAACAAAGCUAUUGUGCCAUUAGUUAAAUAAUUUAAAGAUAGUAAUUUUAAUUUAAGAAAAAAAGAGAAUUCGUAUUUACUUUUUUUUUCUUAUCUUACCUCAAAACGGUAAUCAAUGCCGCAUUUAUCUUUUGUUCUGUGGAUUACUAUCAUAUCCAUAAUUUUCCAAGUUUGUAACUCAUUUCGGAUUUCAGACAAAUGGGUACAAAGACUGCUGCCUUCAGACGAUUUUGUUAAUGUGCAAUUGCGACACGUAUUUCAUCAUGGAUUAAACGAACAGUAUAAUCAACAGUAUCGUUUAGAUAUACACAAGAAAGAUGUUUAUGAAAAUAGCAAUGAUGUUUUUCGGCUGAAAAUGAAGAAUUCCAAAUCAAUGACUCUGAAAAAUCAGUCUCGUGAAGCAUUGAAUCACUAUCGAGAAAGCUCCAUGCGCGGUUUGCAUACUGAACAAUCCCAUGUGGAUUUAUGGGCGGAGCGCAAAAUUGUUUUACCAGAUACUACGGAUAAGGCAACGAUUUACUCUCUCGGAAAGAUGAGCUUCAAUGCAUAUCAAAAAAUUCCAUUUGAUGGUGAUUGGCUUGACAUUGGUCCGGACUGGAAUAUAACACCUCCAGAAGGAUUUGGUUGGGAUGAAGAUGGGCUCCGUGGCCAUGUAUUUUCCAAUAACGAUAAUUCUACUAUAAUUAUUGCCAUGAAGGGUACUUCUAUAUACGGUAUUGGUCGGGGAACGUCUCAAAAGGAUCGUGUCAAUGAUAACUUGCUAUUUUCUUGCUGCUGUGCGCGAGUAAGUUGGGCAUGGACAACUGUGUGCGACUGUUACAGAAGCACCUACACUUGUAGUCAAACGUGCUUAGAGGACGAAGUGCAAUCCGGCAAUCGGUACUACUCCGCUUCUCUCGAUAUAUACUAUAAAGUGAAGGAACUAUAUCCCAAUGCACAAGUUUGGUUAACUGGUCAUUCUUUAGGAGGUGCCACCGCUUCAUUGAUGGGCUUAUCUUUUGGUAUUCCUACCGUCACGUUCGAAGCUCCAGGUGAACGUAUGGCUGCUCGUCGUCUCCAUCUUCCUAUGCCUCCUGGGCUUCCUGAUGAGGAAAGUCUUAUUUGGCAUAUUGGUCAUACUGCUGAUCCAAUUUACUUGGGUAAAUGCACCGGACCCACUUCUUUAUGUUGGGCUGGCGGAUAUGCUAUGGAGUCUGUUUGUCAUACGGGCCAGGAAUGUAUAUACGAUGUUGCCAAAGAUAAAGGUUGGCAUAUUUCCUUAACGCACCACCGUAUGCAAAGUGUCUUGAACGAUGUGAUUGAUAGUUAUGAUGAGGUACCUACUUGCACUCACUUACCAAAUUGUGUGGACUGCGCCCUUUGGUUAUUUCCUGAUGAUGAAAAAUGAAGAUAACAGCUGCUUUUAAUGCCCCUAUAUCUUAAUGCUAGUUAUGAAAAGUCAUGUCUUAAUUCUUCCAAUUAAAUUCUCUCUUGGAUACUAUAAUCGAAUAUAUCAUUUAGUACUCAUGCUCUCCAACAUAGAUGCGUGUACAUUUUUAUACUUCAUGAUCACGAACUAGAAAC